AUGAACAUUGACACUGGAGUUGACCCUAACAACAAAAGUGCUCCUAUAGACAGUAGUGAUCAAGCAAGUAAAAACAUUAACUCUGGAACAUCAAAACAGCCAGUUUUUAUUGCCAUGGAUGAAUCUGACAAGCACAAAUUUGUACAGGACAUGAGAAAUUCCAAUACCAUCAAGAAAACUGAGACAGCUGUCAGGCAAUUUCAAAGGUGGCUGUCAAGUGAUCCUAGAUAUAUCACAGCUGAAAUAUCGGAGAUUCCUGUUGAAGAGUUGGAUAACUAUAUAGGCUCUUUCCUGCUGUCUAUCAGGAAAGCAGAUGGAUCCGAGUACGAGCCAGAUACGCUUACCAGUUACCAUCGAGGAAUUGACCGUUAUCUCCGUGACAAAAAUUAUGCCUAUAGUAUGGUUCAAGACCGGGAAUUUUCAACAUCAAGGGCUGUUCUAGCUUCAAAACGUAAACAGCUUAAAAUGAGUGGUAAAGGAGGUCGCCCAAAUGCUGCCGAGCCACUCACUUCUGAUGAACAAGAAGUCUUGAAGGAAAAAAAGUGCAUUGGCCUUGAAAGUCCACAACAACUGUUAAACAAAAUGUGGUUGAAUAAUACUGUGGUGUUCGGACUUCGUGGAGGCACAGAAAACCGUAGUCUCUGCUGGGGUGAUGUUUCUUUGAAAACUGAUGCAAAGGGAACUGAAUAUCUUGAAUUCAAUGAGCGUUGCACUAAAACUAGAACUGGUGAAUCUAGUCACUCUGAUCAGCGAGCAUUCAAGCCAAAGCAGUACGCUCAUGAAAUUCCGGAAAACUGCCCUGUAUAUGCAUACAAAGAGUUCAGGAAAAGACGGCCAAUGGACUGUUGUACCCCGGAGUCUCCAUUUUAUCUAGCUAUUAACUAUAACCGACGACCAAACUCUGAAAUCUGGUAUAAAAACCAACCUUUAGGGCAAAAUACAUUACGUGGUUUGAUGAAAAAAAUGGCAGAAAAAGCAAACUUACCUGGAAAGAAGACGAAUCAUUCAGCUCGUAAAACAACCUGCACAAAACUCUUGCAUAGUGGGGUCGCUCCGACAACAAAACAGCAGCUAACUGGUCACAAAAAUGUUCAGUCUGUGAAUAACUAUGCAGUUGCCUCAGAAGAAAUGCAAAGAAACAUGUCAGACAUUCUGUCUAGCAACAAUCCAUACACUACAUCUGAGACACCACAAAUGCAACUCCAACCUGCAACCUCUUCCAUCCAGGAAAAUGCUGCACAAUCCACAUACCAGGCAACGUCACUGUCCAGUCUAACAUCCACAUGUGAAAUUUCCGGCCAUCAUGGCAAUAUGUUUCAAAAUGCCAAUAUUCAAAACUGUCAGAUUGUUGUGAACAACUAUUCAAAUUCCCCAAAUAAACCUAAGAGAAGGCGCAUUCGAAUCAUAGAGAGUGACAGCGAAUAA